CAAACACUUUGUUAAAGCCGCUUGAUAACGCUGAUGAAUGAGCGCUCUCUCUAACUGAUGCUUGUGAGGACUAGUGCACGCUGACACCGCUUUCAAACAGGACCUGUUCUUUUCGGAUGCUCUGAGGUGAGCGGCUGUUGACAUGACAACAGACGAGGCAGAAAGUCACCAGAAAAAGCCGAGGCAGCAGGAGGAAGCUGGCCAGGGCGCCAGACCUCCCACUCCAGAGGACGACCAGCUCCGACCUCAAAACCACAACUCUGCUGGCCGCGGUCUCACACGCCUCUUUUCCUCCCUCCUGAAAAGGCGUUCACAGUGUGAGAGCGAGGGUGGAGAAAAGGAGGACAAGGAGGAAGAAGCUAAAGCACCCAUCGCUGACCCCGAACCUGAACUAAAAACAGAGGGCGAGGUCGCCCUUGACCAGCACUCAGUAAGCAGCGCUGAGGCUCAGGCUACCCAGGUAGAGAAGAAAGAGACUGACGAGGACAAGGUUGGAAAAGACAAGGAGAAACACGAGGACAAGGAAGGGGAGGUUACCUUGGAGAAAGAAGAGGAGAAGGACAAAGAGAAAAAGGAGGAGGAGGAGGAGUCUGGCCCUGAAGAAGGCAGUAGGGGAGAAAAGGACGAGAAAACAGCAGAGGAAGAAGCCAAAGCUCCCAGAGUGCCACGCCGACCCAAGACCAUGCAGAUCAAAGUCACACUGCUGGACGACACUCUGUAUGAGUGUGAGCUGGACAAACAUGCUAAAGGCCAGGAGCUGUUCAUGAAAGUGUGUGACCACCUGAACCUGCUGGAAAAAGACUACUACGGCCUGGCAAUCUGGGAAACUCCCAGUAUGAAGACUUGGAUGGACCUGACCAAAGAGAUCCGCAGGCAGGUACAAGGUGCCAACUAUAAUUUCACUUUCAAUGUAAAAUUCUAUCCACCGGACCCAGCCCAGCUAUCAGAAGACAUCACAAGAUACUAUCUUUGUCUCCAACUGCGAAAGGACAUCCUCCAGGGCCGCCUUCCCUGCUCCUUCGUUACUUUGGCUCUGCUGGGCUCCUAUGCUUUGCAGUCAGAACUUGGUGAAUAUGACCCCGAAGUGCACGGCAGUGAAUAUGCUAAAGAAAUGAAAAUGGCCCAAGGUCAAACCAAGGAGCUGGAGGACAAAAUGAUGGAGCUGCACCACACAUACAGAUCCAUGAGCCCAGCACAGGCAGAUCUGAUGUUCCUGGAGAAUGCCAAGAAACUUUCCAUGUAUGGAGUGGACCUCCACCAGGCCAAGGAUCUGGAUGGAGUUGACAUCAUACUGGGGGUUUGUGCCAGUGGUCUGAUGGUUUACAAAGAUAAACUGAGGAUCAACCGUUUCCCCUGGCCCAAAGUCCUCAAAGUCUCAUACAAACGAAGCAGCUUCUUCAUUAAAAUAAGACCAUCCGAGGUGGAACAUUAUGAGAGUGCCAUUGGAUUCAAGCUUCCCAACUACAAGGCAGCCAAAAAGCUGUGGAAAGUGUGUGUCGAACAUCACACCUUCUUCAGGCUGACCUCCUCUGAGAUGGCCACCACCCCGAGGAAGUUCCUAGCAUUGGGCUCCAAAUUUCGUUACAGCGGUCGGACUCAGGCACAGACCAGACAGGCUAGCUCUCUGAUUGACAGACCAGCUCCCCUUUUCCAGCGCUCCUCCAGCAAGAGGAACUCUCGCAGUCUGGAUGGAGCAAUGGUGUCGACUCCCGACAACAAGUCCAGUCGUCCUGUCAGUGCCCCUGUUAUGUCACCAGUGUCACCUGGGGAGGCCACCCCGUCACCACUGCUACCCACCCUGCCUCGUUCUGACCACCACGAUGUCUCCACGGCCAGAGGACACCGAUAUUCCAGCAGAAAGGCAGAGUUACAGGCAGAAUGCCUGACGACUGACAGCGUCAAGAGCCACAGUCCCAAGUCUACUCCAGAGAUUAAGACGGUGGGCAGGAGAGAGCGGAGGCAUGCCCCGUCUUUGGCCAUCACUAAUGGGGAAAAAGAACGAAAAAGCCAGCACUCUCUUCAGGACAGAAAGAUGGAGAUGGUUCGAGUGAGGAAGAAAAGAUCAAAGAAACUUGAGGGUGAAACAAUUUAUAUCAGACAUAGCAAUUUAAUGUUGGAGUUUAACCCUAAAGGGUUGGCAUGCACCAUUUUCCUGUCUGACUCUCAUUUUGGUUUGUCUGGAAAAUCUGUUCUUCCACAACCUCUAAAGGACCUGGAUAAGACCCAGACUGAAAUUAUGCGGCACCAUACCAGCAUCAGCGAGCUAAAAAGGAGUUUCAUGGAGUCUGUGCCGGAGUCUCGGCCCAGCGAGUGGGAUAAGCGUCUUUCCACCAACUCUCCUUUCCGCACAGCGAGCAUCAACGGUCAGCUCCAACCAGCAUCUCCUGUGCUAAAGACCCAGACAAUCACCAUCUCAGAUGUUACCAAUUCUGUAAGAGGAACUGCAGCCUACAAGGACAUACCCUUAGUUCACACUGAAACCAAGACCAUCACAUACGAGUCAGCUCAGCCGGUGGACAGUGUGGCAGAGAGAGAGUCGGGAGUGCUGCUGAGUGCCCAGACGAUUACUUCUGAGACCAUCAGCACCACCACCACCACCCAGAUCACCAAGACGGUGAAAGGAGGGAUCUCUGAGACUCGCAUUGAAAAGAGAAUUGUCAUCACUGGGGACACAGAAAUAGAUCAUGACAAGGCUUUGGCCCAGGCCAUUAAAGAGGCAAAGGAGCAGCACCCAGAUAUGUCUGUCACCAAAGUGGUUGUGCAUCAGGAGACGGAGAUCACGCCAGAGUAAGACGGACUGAUCCUGUGGAAGCUACCCCCCACUCCACCCCAUUCCUCCUCGUAUCUCCAUCACACCAUUUUACCUCAGCGCACCCAGCAACCAUCAACGGGAACCACCAGACCUCAUCAGAGCGAACUAGCUUCAACAAUGACAAAUGAACUUGACUCCACAAGUGUGAAGUUUGGCCUGAAGGAGACAGAGUCACCAGAAAAUUCCCAAGAACCCUGCCAGUAUUCCCCACAAUCCCCCUCUUGUUCCAUUUACUGCCAAAAGAGCAGCUGCUGGAGUUAUGGAUGAAAAAUCAUCUUUUUUUAAAUAUGAAAAAGAAAUUAAAGAAUAGCAUUUGUGGAUUUCUUCCUCUCCAAUUUGUGUGGAGAUUUUAAGAAAAAAUCAAGGGCAUUUGGUCUUUUACUCUUGAUAUAUUGGUAAUUUAUUUUUCUACAGCUUUUCUUACCAUCAGAAUUGGUUACCAGUAACUUGAAAAUCAAGUAUUUUGUAACAAUGUAUUCCGAGCAGCAUUGACAAAGGGAUUGUGGGUGAUGUCACUUGGGAUUGUACACUUUGGGACUCGCAGGAUCCCUCUCAAAUUUUAGUGCAAGUUUGGUGUCAUUUCUUGUACAGUAAAUAUUUUAUUUUCCCUCUCGACGUAAAAAUAAUAUUUUUUCAAUUUGUGUAUAGGAAAAGAUUGAUUGUAUCAAACUAACGUGCGGGAAUUAAUCCUUUCAUCUGACAAAGUUCUGGCAUUUGUUCAGUGACACCUUUUGACUGUUUAGUUGUGUUUUUGUGCUCGUGUUACCAAAACAGGGCUUCAUCAGGACCACAGAGAUCGUAGUGCACUGACAUGACUUUUAUUUAUUUCCACCUUUGUGCGUUUUGUGUUUUAGAUAUACUAUGAUUUUAUAUUGACAACGUUCCCCCCGAGUAUUGCAUCACAUUAAAAUGAUAGAAAUGGUUGACAUAUCCGACACUUAAUAAUACGGUAAAUUGGGAUAAUUUUCUGUUAUAUUUCAAAGAACAACACAAUACAGAUUAUCAGCUUAUUAUAAUGGAGCGCCUUGAGGCGACUUUUGUUGUGAUUUGGCGCUGUAUAAAUAAAAUUGAAUUGAAUUGAAUUGAAUUGAACAACAGAAAGGGGAUGAAUGUGGUGAAAUUACACCAGUAAGGGGAAAAGACACAGAGAGAAGAAACUCGGCAUGAAACGUUAAUAAAGCAGAAGCAACAAAAAGAAACGAGAUGAAAGAACAGAAACAAAACAGCAGUGAUGAUGGAUUCUUCUCAUACUGUCUAACUUCCAUAUGUCUGCUAGAAUAUUUGAACACAGCAGUAAAAUUGUCGUAUGAUUAUGACAUAUGUACUUCUUGGAGGACAAAGCCAAGCACGUCUGUACUGAAAGCAGAAACAGAGUCACACUGCCACUCAGACGUUUGGGGUCACUUGGUAAAGUUCCUGUUUUUGAAAAAGAACAUGAUUUUUGUUUACAUCGAACAUAAAAUGACAACAAAUGACAACAAAUAAUAAAGUGGGUAUACUAACACAACUAGAAAAGGGGUUUUGUUGCCAACCUAGCCUUUAUAACUGGGACCCCAGUUCACCCUGAACAAGGUGACGGUUCAACGACGACAUAAAUGUCCUUUUUACAGCUCUCAUUCAUUUGUAUCAUCGAGUGAGUUUUUGUUAACCUUCCAUUUAAAAUGUCUGGCAUCAAAUUAAUGAAAUACAGUCAAUAUUUUUACAGUUUAAAGAACAUUUCAGCGUGACUUUAGGCGUUUUAGCACCAGUGCACACUUUGCACUUUAUCUUCAAACACCGGACUUUUAGUUACAAGAUGCCCUUUAAAAUCCUCUCCAGUGUUUGUUGUUCUCACUGUAUCAUUGUGAUCAUGGUACUCCUCCUUCUCUGUGUCAGCAGUCCACAUCUUAUUUUCUAUGUAUUUUUUCUUAGAUGUAACCCUCACAUGAUCAUCACACAAAAACAUGUAAAAAGCACCAUGCACAAAAUAAACACUGUUGUGGUCAUUAUUGA